CCAAACGUGAGGUGGCGCCAGUGAGUAGUCAGUCCUGGAACGCCGCGCUGUGUCUGGUUGUGCUGCAAGUAAGUCGCUCCGCACAGAAGAGGACAAAGAGCUGCAAUGGACGGUGAUGUUGCAGUUGGUGUGAAGAGAGGCUCAGAUGAGCUCAGCAUGUACGGCAGCAGCCCAAACACUCUGACUGCAAACGGCAGUGACACUAAGAAACAGCGUCUGGACGAGUCGCCCCCGUCCAGAGUUCUCCACAUCAGGAAACUCCCCAACGAAGUAUCGGAGACAGAAGUCAUUGCACUGGGUCUGCCCUUUGGGAAGGUUACCAACAUACUCAUGUUGAAGGGCAAAAACCAGGCAUUUCUGGAGCUCAGUACAGAGGAAGCUGCCAUCACCAUGGUGAACUACUACUCAGCUGUUACACCUCAGGUCAGAAAUAGUCCCAUCUUCAUCCAGUACUCCAACCAUAAGGAACUGAAGACCGACUCUGCUCUAAACCAGAGAGCCCAGGCAGUACUGCAGGCUGUCUCUGCAGUGCAGGAUGGAAGUUCUCCAUCAUCCGACCCUGGCAUUCUGGACCUCACUCCACCUCCCAGCCCCGUGCUGCGUAUUAUAAUCGACAACAUGUUUUAUCCCGUCACUCUGGAUGUUCUGCAACAGAUAUUCAGUAAGUUUGGGACUGUAAUGAAGAUCAUCACCUUCACCAAGAACAACCAGUUCCAAGCACUUCUGCAGUUCAGUGACCCCACCAACGCUCAGCAGGCUAAAGUGUCUCUAGAUGGACAGAACAUAUAUAAUUCAUGCUGCACUCUGAGGAUCGAUUUCAGCAAGCUGGUGAAUCUUAACGUCAAGUACAACAAUGACAAGAGUCGAGACUACACCCGGCCUGAUCUGCCUACUGGAGAUGGAGAGUCCAACAAGGAUCAUUCAUUAUUGGGUACUCCAUCUGGAGCGCUGGCCUCGUACUCCAGUGCAGCAGGUUAUUCCUCAUCUCUCUCCCUCUCGCAGGGAGCAGGCGCCAUCAGUCCUCUGAGCGCCGCCGCCGCCGCAGCAGCCGCCGCAGGCCGUGUUGCUCUGUCAGGGUCCGGAGUGUCAGGAGUCCUGUUGGCGUCCAACCUGAACGAAGAGAUGGUCACGCCUCAAAGUCUCUUUACCCUCUUCGGCGUCUAUGGUGACGUGCAGCGGGUGAAGAUCCUCUACAACAAGAAGGACAGCGCCCUCAUCCAGCUGUCAGACGGCAACCAGGCUCAGCUGGCCAUGAGCCACCUGAAUGGUCAGAAGGUGUUUGGGAAGGUGAUGAGAGUGACUCUGUCCAAGCACCAAACUGUGGCUUUGCCCCGAGAAGGACUUGACGACCAGCUCCUGACUAAAGAUUUUUCUGGUUCCCCCCUGCAUCGCUUUAAGAAACCAGGCUCCAAAAACUUCCAGAACAUCUUUCCUCCUUCUGCGACACUUCAUCUCUCCAACAUCCGCGAGGGCAUCGGAGAAGAAGACCUGCGUCUCCUGUUCUCCAACAGCGAAGGUUCCGUCAAGGCCUUCAAGUUCUUUCAGGAUCGCAAGAUGGCUCUGAUCCAGAUGUCGUCAGUGGAGGAGGCCAUCCAGGUGCUCAUAGAUCUUCAUAACUACGACAUGGGCGGCAACCACCACCUCAAAGUCUCCUUCUCCAAGUCCACCAUCUAAAGCCAGCGUGCUCCCAGCCUCUGGUCAAAGACCUUUUGCUGAGCAGUGCCAUGUUGCAGUACUUGGGUUGUGUGUGUCAUAACACUUCGGCACUUGGCGGUCACUCCAGCAGCACUGAGAGCGGACUGAGCCCAACCACCUGGAGGUAAUGUCGCAGUUUUCAACGCCAGCAAAGAAAUGGACUUUAAAAAAAACAAACUCCGACAUAAGUAAAGUUAAGCUCCACUUUUCCAGAAAAUGCGCUAACUUUCUGCUAAAUUACAUUGGCUUUGCUAUUAUGCUACUAAUUAGCCAUUUUACAUGGCGAGUUCAACUUCUCCAAAUUUGAUCAAAACAAUUUACGAUCAAACAAGUACAAUACUUACAGUGCUAACACUUUGUAGGGUGCAUGAGUGCACUAGAUUGCAGAGACUGAACUGAGGAGUCAACACACAUAAAGUACACACUACUGAUUAGUCAACACACAUAAAGUACACACUACUGAUUAGUCAACACACAUAAAGUACACACUACUGCCAUCUAGUGUCUUUGACACUGUAAAUAUAACAACUGGACCACAGUUAUUAUACCCAGCUCAUUUGUAAUAUGUUUUAUUAUCAGACAAUGGUGUAUGGUGUGAAUGAUUGAUGGGUUCAGAAAAACAUGUAAAGCGACUUUGGGUACUUAGAAAAGCGCUAUAUAAAUCCCAGGUAUUAUUAUUAUGAUUAUUAUUUACACGUACUGAAGAUACAGGAAUCCAUUCCCAGGUACCGUAAUUAUUACUAUCCAUAUUUCCGGAGUGUAAAUGUAACACAAAGUGGUGACAAUAAUUCAUCACAUUAAGUGCAUGACGCAGUAAGUGGAGUGAUGCGGACACGUUUGUUACUGGAUACUUUGAAAUACACUCCUGCCUUGGGAGGCGUUGCAUGUGCACGUAGUAUGCAAGUCAUUGUUUGACACGUGCUUAGCUGUUGUGUAGCCGCUAGUGAUCACUUCCUGCCAGUGCAACCAACCUUGCUACCAUACUUUAUUAUCCAACACAUUUUUGUUAUUGACCUCUGUGACGUGACAUUUACCUAACUCAUCAUCAUCAUCAUCAUCAUCGUCAUCGUCAGUGCACAAAAUGAAACCAAACACUUUUGGCUUCUUUAGAAUCACCGCAACUCUGCAGAAGUGGCUAAAUAAAAAAGUGUCCAUGUUGGUGUGGACAUGACCCGGGUGUGUUGUGACCUCCCAUGUUGGUGUGGACAUGACCCGGGUGUGUUGUGACCUCCCAUGUUGGUGUGGACAUGACCCGGGUGUGUUGUGACCUCCCAUGUUGGUGUGGACAUGACCCGGGUGUGUGUCCACCUCCCAUGUUGGUGUGGACAUGACCCGGGUGUGUUGUGACCUCCCAUGUUGGUGUGGACAUGACCCGGGUGUGUUGUGACCUCCCAUGUUGGUGUGGACAUGACCCGGGUGUGUUGUGACCUCCCAUGUUGGUGUGGACAUGACCCGGGUGUGUGUCCACCUCCCAUGUUGGUG